CUGAGUACGUAGACAAAAAUCGACGUAGUUUUCUCUUCAUCCUCACUAGUUUGUGUUCGUCAUAUUUGUGACGGUCUCCAGCUCACUUUUAAAACCCACCAGCAUUUGUAACGAUGGUCGCCAAACAGAGGAUUCGUAUGGCCAACGAGAAACACAGCAAAAACAUCACCCAGAGAGGCAACGUCAAAUCGUCGAGAAACGUCAGUGAUGAUAAAGUUUCGGUGGGACCGUGGCUCUUGGCGCUCUUCAUCUUUGUUGUCUGUGGCUCAGCAAUAUUCCAGAUCAUUCAGAGCAUUCGAAUGGGCAUGUAAAGAGGACCAAUAAUGUCAAAAGUAUCCACUCCUUGCCAGUUCCACAUACUGCGACUUUGCCAAGGAACUUCUCUUAAAGGCUUUUUGCUGAUUUUAUCGAUUCAUCUUCUAUGAGGUGCAACAAUUCUGUCAUUCCUCUCUGGUGCCUUGUUAAUGAAGAAAAAUCAAAAAGCCAUAAAAUUGCAUUCCGAUCAAUUGUAAUGUUCUUUUCUGUCAAUCUACCUUGAUGUAAUGUAAAAAUCUUGAGCUGUCACAAGCUGUGAUGUGAUUUGCAAUUCCUGACUUCUCGUUCAUUCCUGAAAUAAUUGUGCAGAAAUUAUUUGAUGUCUUUUUGUUUGCUUUAUGGACCCCCAAAACAGCCAUUUUGUAGUUUGCACAGGAUAAAGUAUUACGAAUGAAAAACCAGUCAGCCAAUUUAAAUCACAAAUGUAAAAAGUGUGGUUUCUGUUACUUGUUUUCUUUGUAAUUUAAUAUCUGCCUCUUUCCUUCUAGAAUAUGGAACUUCAACCUGAAUAAUUUAGUUCUCUGGCACAUAUUCUUGUUGUUGUGGUACUGUUUACCAUAAUAGAAUAAGGCUUAGCAAUUCAGCUUUUUUCAGAACUGAUGAUGUUAUAUACUGUAUACUGCUGUGAAAGCAUGAUGGAGUAAAGAGGAACAGGAACAGAGAGCUGGACUAAAAUAAAAUGUUUAAAAACUGCA